GCCGGAGCCAUGAACAUGACGGCGAGUUCCCGCAUCGUGCUGGUGCUGGCCAGCCUGGUGCUGCUGCUCGUCACUCGCGCAUACGGUGACCAAAACUGCUCCCUGCCCGACAGCAGCAAGCAAGACUGUGGUUUUGUCGGCAUCACCCAGCAGCAGUGCCAAGGCAAGGGCUGCUGUUGGACCCCAGAGGAAAAGCGCGUCGCGCAAGACGUGCCCUGGUGCUAUUAUCCCGCCGCCGGCCCCAGCCCCCCGAGUCCUCCCAGCCCCCCAAGCCCUCCGCUCCCCCCAUCGGGCUCCCCGCCCUUCAACGACCAAGAAGUGGCGCAGAUGCGCGCCUUCUUCAAGGCCAACAUUGACAUUCAGGGCUCAGGUGGCGUUGUGGCGGCCCCCGACUACAACACCGGCCCUGGCGGAAGCUACUACUACCACUGGGCUCGCGAUGGCGCCCUUUCCAUGCACGCCCUGCAAAUCACCGCGGAUAGCUCUGACGAUUACAUGGCUCAGAUGAACCACUAUGUGCGCUGGGUCGUGGCCCGCCACGCCGAAGCCGACCCGCAUAACAUGGACGUGCGCGUGGAGCCCAAAUACGAGCUGCCCAGUGGAGAUGUUUUUGCUGGGAGCUGGUGCCGCCCACAGAACGACGGUCCCGGCUUGCGGGCCCUGACCCUGAUGUACUUUGCCAACACGCUCAUCGCCAAGGGCAACGCUUCACUUGUGUCUCAGCUCUUGUGGACGGGCAGCAGCAGCGCCUAUCAAGGCGGUGCCAUCAAGUUUGACCUGGAUUGGGUGGCCGCCAACUGGCAGUCCAACACCUGUGACUUGUGGGAGGAGGUCCAGAGCCAGGACUUUUUCUGGAACCACUACACGAUGCGCAAGGCCUUGUUCACCGGCGCCAACUUUGCUGCCGCCAUGAAUGACACGGCCUCGGCCGCCACCUAUCUGGCUGCCGCUCAGGCCAUCAACGCCACCAUUACGCAGCACGACAACGGUCAAUUUGUGUAUGAGUCGCAGAACCGCCCCAAGGAUGCGGCCGUGAUCUGCGCUUUUAACAACGGCCUCAUGAACGACGGCAUCUUUCAGCCUGCAAGCACGCCCGUGGCCAACACGAUCAGCACUCUAUCCUCGCUGUUCCAUGACAGCUACAACUUGAAUCAGGCCGACGAUGCGGCUGGUGUCCCCGGUAUUUUGUACGGCCGCUACGAAGGCGAUAGCUAUGACAACGGCAACCCUUGGGUCUUGACGACGGGUUGCUUGGCGGAGCUGCUGUACCGUGCCAGCGCGCAGGUGCUGACGCGUGGCGCCGUGCUGGCGGAGGAGGCUGUGGCUUGGUUGGGCGCAUUGCAAUCAACCAACCGGGUGCAACUCGAGGCUCAGACAGCGGAGGAGCUGCAGGAUCCUCGUGUGUUGGGCCGUGCACUGGCUCAGAGUGGCGAUGGCGUCUUGUUGCGCAUCCGCUACCACACGCAAUCCAUUGGCUUCCAUAUGCCUGAGCAGCUGGACAAGAACACGGGAGCCAACUUGAGCGCCUAUGAUUUGACCUGGAGCUAUGCCACCGUGCUCAAGGCCAUGAAGGCGCGCGAAGACGCCAUUGCCGCCUACCGUGCUGCCCUCUUCCUGGACGCGUAA